AGACAAACCUUUGAUCUUGCUGAAAGAUGGACUCAGAUGUUUGCUCUAAUGACUAAGUGAAAUGCGGCAUUCCAAACGAAUUUUUUUUUUUUUUUGGGAUAGCAGAGAAAGCUGGGGACAUGAAAGCUACCGUGGAAGUCACAAGCGGAAGAGGAGAUCUCAUAGUAGCACACAAGAGAACAGGCAUUGUAAACCAUGUCACCAGUUUAAAGAAUCUGAUUGUCAUUAUUUUUUUUUUUUUUUUUUGAAUGAGCGAGAUUAUCGGGACCGGAGAUACGUUGACGAAUACAGGAAUGACUACUGUGAAGGAUAUGUUCCUAGACAUUAUCACAGAGACAUUGAAUUUUUUUUUUUUUUUCACUGCAGUAAAUCUUCAGUCCGCAGCAGGAGAAGCAGUCCUAAAAGGAAGCGCAAUAGACACUGUUCAAGUCAUCAGUCACGUUCGGUAUGAUUGAUUUUUUUUUUUUUUUUUGUGGAGUUUUAUUUGUGUGUACUCUUAAUGAGCUGAUAAGUUUUUUUUUUUUUUUUUAUAUAUAAAAUACUAUUUGGAUAUAUUGUAAUUGUAUUUAUGUUACUCAAAUCCUUAAAGGAAACCUCCAGAUUCUUGUAGCUGAUCUAUAUAUUUAUUUUUUUUUUUUUUUUUACAUUUCCUCAUAUUCUGCAGACCAGAUCAUGAGUUUAUUGAUUUUAAUAAUAAAAAUAUUUUUGUAUUUGUAACAUAUUCUUACAAAAAAAUCAUGCAUUUUUUUUUUUUUUUAAGCAUUUUUUUUUCUCCUUAGAAACCCUUUAUCUGGUACUUGAAAACAAAUGUGAAACAUUGCACUGGUGGAUACCUAAAUGUUACUAACCUACAUAGUUUUUUUUUUUUUUUUACAGUGCAUCAUUGUCUGCAGUGAAUUCUUUUGAAGUUGUGUUUUUUUUUUUUUUUUGGGAAACAUCCAAAUAGUCUGCCCACCCCUUUUUUUUUUGUUUUUUUUUUUUUUUUCCUGCUUGAACAGUGAACUUUGAAUUAGUUUCUCCCCAAGUUUUUUUUUUUUUUUUUAGUUUUUAUUAGAUUGAACAUUGAAAUUAACUAGCCUUUAUUUUUUUUUUUUUUUUUAUCAUGUAUAUUUUAAAAUAUUGCUAAAUUAGAAUAAUUUCAAAUAGUCUUGACAUUUGAAAACAUUUUUCUGACAAACUAGACAUCUCAAUUCACAGCUUUUUUUUUUUUUUUCAAGAGAUAAGUAAAUCAUGACAUUGCAUUCUUUAAAUUUCAGACUUCAAUUAAAUCAGUAUUUUAAAGAGA